AGAAUACCGGGAGCUACGGGGUGCCCUCGAGCGGCUGGAGUCUGCCCUGCGGCGGUCGGGACUGGAAGGAUUGGAGACCGACCUGGACCGAGUGGCAGCCCUCUUCGCCUCGGACCCCUUCCGGAAGGCUCUCCAGACCCACAACAAGCUGAGGGAGACUUCUCCAGGAAGGCCCGUUACCGCGUCGUCGCUGGCCAUCGCCAGGGAGGUACAAGAACUGCUGAGGAGCGGUAGCAGCCCAGAAGCGGCAGAACUGAGCGAGCUGCUGACGAGGUACGAGCUCGAAGGGCUGCUCACAGCGCACGACAGGGCUGCCACCACACUGGGGAUGGCACCCGACCCCCAACAGCCCGCCGACCUACCGGAGGAAUCCAACAUCAAGAUCAUCAAGAUUGAGAAGACCAACGAACCACUGGGAGCAACUGUUCGAAAUGAAGGUGAUUCUGUCAUCAUUGGACGAGUGGUUCGUGGAGGUGCUGCAGACAAAUCAGGACUGCUCCACGAAGGGGAUGAGGUGCUAGAGGUAAAUGGUGUUGAGAUGAGGGGAAAGUCGGUGAACGAGGUGUGCGACCUUCUCUCAGCGAUGACAGGGACGCUCACAUUCCUCAUAGUUCCUUCGCUAGACCAAACUGCCCACCUUCAACAUCAUAAGGACACUCUUAUGCAUAUGAUAGCAAAUUUCGAUUAUGAUCCAGAAGACGAUCUGUAUAUACCAUGUCGAGAACUUGGAAUUUCAUUCCAGAAAGGUGAUAUUCUUCAUGUGAUAUGUCAAGAAGAUCCGAAUUGGUGGCAAGCCUAUCGAGAAGGGGAAGAGGACCAAACAUUAGCAGGACUAAUUCCAUCAAAAUCAUUCCAACACCAACGUGAAGCAAUGAAACAAUCAAUCACUGGAGAUAAGCUCAGCAGAGAGAAAUCGAAAAAAGCUGGAACGUUUCUGUGUGCUAAGAAAAAUACCAAAAAGAAAAAGAAGAAGUCUUACGGUGACAGCGGGUACCCCAUAUACGCAGCUCAUACAGAUGAUUUUGAUGGUGAUGAAAUUUUAACAUAUGAAGAGGUUGCUUUAUACUACCCCCGAGCCAAUCACAAAAGGCCUAUAGUACUAAUCGGCCCACCAAAUAUUGGUAGGCAUGAGUUAAGGCAGAGGCUCAUGGAAGAUUCAGAUAGGUUUGCAGCUGCUAUACCUCACACUAGUCGAGCAAGGAAAGACGGAGAGGUUGAUGGUCAAGAUUACCAUUUCAUAACAAGAGCUCAGUUUGAGGCAGACAUCUUGGCGAGAAAAUUUGUCGAGCAUGGUGAAUACGAGAGAGCCUAUUAUGGUACAUCCUUGGAGGCGAUUCGGUCUGUUGUUAAUGCUGGACGGAUUUGUGUCUUAAACCUUCAUCCCCAAUCGUUAAGGAUCCUGAGAAAUUCAGAUCUUAAGCCUUAUGUUGUUUUUGUUGCGCCUCCUUCUUUAGAGAAACUGAGGCAGAAGAAGAUACGCAGUGGUGAAACAUAUAAGGAAGAAGAACUGAAAGAAAUAAUUGAAAAGGCCAGGGAAAUGGAGGAUAAAUAUGGUCAUUAUUUUGAUAUGAUCAUUAACAACAAUGAUACAGAACGGGCGUACCAUCAGCUGUUGAACGAGAUCAACUUAUUGGAGCGAGAGCCUCAGUGGGUCCCUGCAGCAUGGAUAAAGUCCACAUGAGAAAUAAUGAUAAUCGGUGGAGAAGACCGCGAGUGAAGCUAGUAGUACGCCAGUGUAUAUAUCUAUCUACUACAAUAAAAUGGUGCUACAUGUCUGCCAUGAAUGGAUGCACAAGGAUAGAACAAUCAUCUGUGAAUAAUAAUGUUUACUACUGUCUAUACAUAUAAAUACAUACAUAUGCAUUAUAUAUAUAUACAUAUAUAAAUAUAAAUAUAAGUAAUAUAUAUAUGGAAUGCGAUUACCCAAGUUGGGUUGAUUAGUCAUAUUUUCAAUGAGCCUUUUAGUGCCAAUCUCUUUUAUGUUAAGUUUUUGUAAAACUUCAAAAGAGAAACUGUAUCUUAUGUCAGUAUUAUACUUGAUACAUGUAAACUUUAUUGGAUUGUGUUUAGGGAAUAUGUUAUUCUUUAUUGUUUAUAUCAUAAAUGGUUAUAUAUGUAAUUAGAUGCAUGUUAUUUUAUGUAAUAUUGUAAAUGACGUAUUGGAUUAAUUGUUUUCUGCUUAGGAGGAUUCAGUUUGUCAAAUGCAUCUGUUUAUAAUUACUUUUAAAAUUUAUGUACUGAUUUUUACCUUGAACUUUAUUGUGUACAGUCAUUUUAUGUAUGUAUCUAUGUAUAUUUUUUUUAUUUUUACGCAUGUAUCACGUAUAAAUUGUAAAAUUUACCAACAAUAUUAUAUUAAAAGAGUUAAUUAUAUAUAGGAAAGAGUAUAAGAAAAUAAAAAAUAAUAAGUGGAAUAGAUUGUAUCUAUUGUCUAGGCCAAAAUUAAAGAGUACUUUUUUAAGUCACUUUGAGUGUGUUUAAUAAUUCUUAUAAUUUACCUUAUAGUGAAUGAUAUUUGAAGAUCUAAAAGCUAUUUUUUUGUUAAUUAAGAUGAACUUAUUCAUUUAAAAACCAACAUUGCUUAAAAUCUUCUGCAAGAUUGAAGAUGUGGUGUUAUAAAAGAGAAAAAAUGGUUCAAAAAAGUAAUUCUGUGCUUUUAUUAUUUAUGGUCAUGAUUAGUUUUAAGUGUUGGUUUCGAAAUUGAUAUGUUUGUGUGUAAAUACAUAUAUCAAUAUCACAUAUAUCUUUAAAUUGGCUGAAAUAUUUUAAAAUAUUUGAUGUAUUUUAUGAUUUUAAAAAUAUUUAUUCUGAAAAAAGCCUGGUGUCUAUUUGGAAAUGUGAUUUUUUGUUUUUAUAAAGUAUUAAAUUCAAAAGUGAUUUAAAAAAUAACUCUUUGAUUGAUAUUUUAUAGUAAUAAAAUAUUAAUGACUUAAUACUGAUUUUACAGUAUGCAUAAUAAUUAUAUAAAUAAAAUAAUAUAAUAGAUCGAUAUAUUUUUGUUUAGUGAGAAAGAAUAAAAAAAAAAGUGUGCAAUUUUAUUAUUGUAUAUUUCAUAUAGGUUUAUUAUUAAUUAGGUCUUGAGAAGUGUGAUCUUUUGGAAUCAAUUAUACAAAAACCGAAAAGAAAAAAAAAAAUGAAAACAAAAUUCUUUUCUCAACACCCCUUGCUACGCCUUAGGGGUAUAAAAGUAAUAUGUAUAUAUCUGUGGUGUGAAAGAUUCUUGCCUCGAUAACUUAAUAAUUAGGGACAUAGGGGAGGCAAUAAGUUGGCUAUCCGUUGGGCACUCACCAUAUUAACGGUGCUCCCAAAACUUUCUUUUCCAAUAAUUUCUGUAGAAUUUUUUCAAAUUCAACUCUUAUACAAAUUAAAAAAAAAAAAAUCUCUAGCUUUCUUUGAAACCUCUUAAAACAGUUCUCAAACCUACUUACAUUGUGCCAAAAUAAAAUAAAUAUUUAAAAAAAGAAAAAAAAAAAGAGGAGUGUAAACGUUUAUGAAUUUUAUAUUAAUAAAUUUAAAACAAUUUUUAAAAGUUUUAUCAGAUUAUAUUUUAAAAUGUUUUGUUUGUUGAAGAGCUGAUAUUCGAAGUGUUUUGUAAAUAAAUAUUAUUAUAAUUAUCAUCCAUCCUUCUUUGUUUUUAUUUUUAAAUAAUAAUUAUUAAUUAAUUAUUUAUAUAUACAAAAAUAUAUCUUUUAUUAGUGUUUAUUAUGUGUACAGUGAUUUCUGAUAGGUAUUAAGAAAAUGUAUAAUAUGGCCUCAUUUAUAUUUUAAUAGAAUAAUAGUGGAAUGGAGUUUUAUUUCAUCGUCGAUUUACAUUUUACAUGCCAUUUAUCACGUUUUUUGAGAUUUUUCAAGUGAUACGCGCUUCCAUUUCAAGAAAGCUCUACCAGGCUGUUUCGAACUUUACAUUAAUAGAUUAGACUGCUCAAUAGACCCAGGCAAUCCUCGUUUGCUAUUGACCUUCCUCAACCGAUAAUAUUUCUACAAUUAUUCUAUUGUCUUCGAAAUAAUCCAUAAUAAGAUAAUAAAAGGGUUUUGUAGACAAGAAAUAUUGUUUUUACACAAAAUUGAAUAUAAUGUAUAUUAUCUUUGUUGUCAUACUCUCUUAGUAAAUGGAACUUACCUCAGUUUGUACUUUAUUUCUUCAUUCCCUUCAGCCUUUCUGUCAGUAACAAAAAAAAAAUUAAUAAACAGGAAUGAAUAGUGAGUUGUGCUAUAAAAUG